UACCCACGUUAUGCUCUGGAGAAUGGCGGACACGAGCAAGACAAACGGUGCAAACACGCUGUUCGAAGAAUUGAAUUCCUCCGCAACCCGAUUAUCUUACCUGGCCAACGACUCUCUUUGCACGAGGCAAUUGUCACUAUUCUUGAUUGGAGAAGUCUAAUAUCAGUGGCUAAAUCGAACGGGCAGGCACUGAAAGCCGGUUCUGGGUUAGUGAAGCCUCGGAUCAUUGCAUGCCUGCUAUCCGGACGCUUUUUGACUGAAUCCCGCCAGAUACAUACAGAUAGACCGGACCAGUCUUGUGCACAAAUAUUAGGACAUCCCUGAUCUAAACCGCGUUGCGUGAAACUCUUACAUUGAAAUACGAUAAUGCCUCCGAACAAUUUCUUCCGGGCGAUGCUGCCCCUGCGAUCGAUCGUUUCCGGAUCAUCGACGACAAGCAGAAUAACACACGCGCCCUUCCUCAAGUCGACAAGAACAAGCCAAAGUAUCCCCACGAGUUCUCUCCAACGAGCCUGCUUCUCAACGACAAUUACCGCGCAAAAUGAACAACCAGAGCAGGAGCCGACCCAACAACAAGAGCAGGAGGUCCAACCCGAACAAGCACAGGGACAAGAAGAACAAAAACAAAAGCAACAACUUGCAGUUCCUAUCCGCCAAUAUCCCUACACCCUCAAGACCGGCACUGUAGUCUCAGCAGGCCGAAUGGACCGCACCGUCCGCGUCGCCCACAGACACACAACCUGGGACAAGCAGAUCGGAAAAUUCUACCCCAGGGUAACGACGUACCUUGUUUCGGAUCCGCGGAACUCGCUGCGGGAGGGGGAUGUGAUUGAGUUUUCCUCUGGAUAUCCGAAGGGCAGACGGGUGCAUCAUGUUGUGGAGAGGAUCAUUGCGCCGUUUGGGUUGUCGGUGGAGGAACGGCCGGCUGUGUUGUCGAGGGAAGAGAGGGACAUGGAGAGGUCGUUGAAGAGGGCGGCGAAGUUGCAGAGGAGGGCGGAGAGGAGGGCAUCAUCUCAGGAAGGUGGUAAUGUGGUCACUGAAGAAUAUGUUGGGAGGAUUAAGGGGUUGAUCGAACGGAGGGGUGUCGCAGCUUUGGAUUCCUCUUCUGCUGCGCAAAGUGUUACUGAGGCCUGAAUUCGUGUUCGAUUAUCCUGUCCGGCUGUUUUAUCUUUCGAGAACCUCCUGUUUUAUUCUUGACAUUGGGCGAGAUCAAGUGUAUUUAUAUUGAAUUGAGUUGGUUAUUUUGUGCCCAUGUUUCCGACACUGUCGGUCUUCAGAAGCUUGUCCGGCUACGGCUACUUCUGCAACAAACUGGUAUGCUUCUGACGCGGCUAUGCAGGGGAGAGAUAUGUUAAGAUUGAUUUGCAUCUGUCAUUGAUACAAAAAAUACAGCGGAAUAUGACUUGCAGACAGCAUUUCAACUGCACAAUGGACGGGCCAAGAAAGAGCUGGUUGCGGUGGGAACGGGCCACAAAGAUGCGAUUGCAGCCAUUUUUGGUUCUGCGUAGAUGGAGUGUCCUAUUAGAUAGAGAGAGAAACAAAGAAAAGACCAAAAGGA